AUGUUGUCGAUGAACGCCGGAGCCAAAUCUUGUUCACGCUCGCUCUCAUCACUGUCUUCGCUCUUCCAACCGAAGACCCAAAAACAGAAUGUACACAGCGAGCUUGAAGUUAAGGUUUGGCGCGAAUGCAAAACCGGAAAACUAAAUCUCGAAGAUGCUCUGAUUUACUUCGACAAACUCGUAGAGACAAGACCGUUGCCUCUGAUUAUCACUUUUAAUCACUUGCUCGGUUCGGUAAUGAAGCUUAAAUGCUCCAACGAAGUGAUUUCGAUGUACAAGAGGAUCAAACACGAAGGCAUAAACCCUGAUUUGUGCACGUCGAACAUUCUCAUCAACGCAUUUCGCCAAUUGGAGAGAAUCGAUUACGCGUUUUGCGUUCUGAGUGAUGUCAUGAAGAGAGGAAUGGAGCCUGACUCGGUAACAGCUGAUUGCUUGGUGAUUGGUUUGUGUUCUCAAACGAAAGUAAUAAAUGCACUCAAAGUGUUCGACGAAAUGUCUGAGAGAGGGAUCAAGAGCGAUGUUUCACUCUACAAGAUUCUCAUCAGCAAGCUCUGUGCGAUUGGGGAAACAAGAAAGGCUCUAGAUUUGCAUCGGAGGAUGAUUCUUGCUACAGAUUGCAAAGGGAAUGUGACCACUUACUGCUCUAUAAUCAGUUCCUUUGUUAGAAGCAAAUCAAUCGACGAAGCGGUCGCAGUGUUAAUGGAAAUGACGUCGAACGGAGUUUCGCCGAAUGUUUACGUUUAUGAAAUGGUUAUUCAUGGACUGUGUACCUCAGGGAGGUUGGAGGAGGCGAGGAAGUAUGUUGAUGAGAUGGUUUCUCGAAAGAUCUCUCCUGGUCUGUUCGUUUACAACUCUUUGAUCAACGGUUUAUGCAAAGAAGAACUGUGGGAAGAUGUUGCAGAGAUGAUGAAAGAAAUGGUGAGGAAAGGAGUGUCACCGGAUGUUUGCACUUACAACACUCUGAUUGGUCGUCUCUGCAAAGCAGAGAAGCUGAACGAAGCGAUUGCUGUGUAUGACUCGAUGCUUAACCGAGGUGUGGAGCCGGAUUUGCAGACGUAUAACACGCUCUUGGACGGUUUAUCAACAGGGUCCAGGCUUGAAGACGCGGCGAAGUUGUUUGAAUUGAUGAGGAAUGGCGGCGAGAUUGAGCUUAGUGUGGUCACUUACACUAUAAUGAUAAGUGGGUAUUGCAAGCAUGGAGAGCUUGAGGAAGCUAUGGAGCUUCUCAGAGAGAUGGAAUGUAAAGGGUUGGAGCCGGAUAGUUAUACAUACACGACGCUGAUAUGCGGUGCGAGCCAGGGAGGGAACUGUGACGUUGCUCAAGAGAUCUUUGACGCAAGUGGUCGUGCUUCCAAGGCAAACGUGAUCCAGUUCAGUGCUCUCAUCGAUGGUCUGAUGAAGAGUGGGAGAUCAGAAGAUGCAAAGAGACUCUUUGAUGAGAUCUCUGAGAAAGGUUUGGUGCCUGACACCAUUACUUACAAUAUCAUGAUCCGUGGGUAUACUAAGCAUGGGAAGCUAGAGGAAGCCAUUGAGCUUAUAAGACGCAUGAAACGUGAAGGUCUGAAGCCAAACAGUUACACAUACACUUCACUGAUACACGCUUCUUGCCGAGCUGGAGAUUCAGCUACUGCACAAGAGAUCUUCAAUGCAAUAAGCAAGUGUGGUCAGUCUCCUGAUAUAUUUCAGUUCAAUGCUCUCAUCAAUGGUCUGAUCAAGAAUGGGAAACUGGGUGAAGCAAAGAGACUCUUUGAUGAGAUCCAGGACAUGGGACUUGUGGCGGAUAUGGUAACGUACAACAUUAUCAUCGACGCUCUCUGCAAACAUGACAUGAUAUCAGAAGCCAGAGCGUUGUUCUACGAGUUGGAGCCAAACGGUUAUUCGCCUGAUCCUGUUUUGUUCAACACUCUUGUAUACGGCAUCCUUCGGUUAAGCAAGGUGAAAGAUGCAGUCCCGCUUCUUAAGAGCAUGCUCGAGAGGAAAUUCACCCUGCAAGAUGGUGUCAAACGCAGACUGCGUCGAUUUCUUGCUUGUAAAGCUCUAAAGCCUCUUAUAAAGACUUACGGGAAGAGCGUUUUCGAGUGA